ACAACACUUGCUUCAACAACAACACUUGCUUCGACAACAAUGCCUACAUCUUCAGAAACUUCAACUACAUCUCCUUCGACCACAACUACAGCUGAACCCACAACAUCUCCUGACCUCACAACAACUCAAGCUCCCACAACCACAGUUGUCAGUACAGAAACAACACUUCUUACUUCAACAGUGCUGCCUACAACUUCGGAAAGUACAACAGCAGAAACUACCACUACAGCUUCAACAACCACAACUUCAUCUCCCACUACUACAACAUCAGCAGCUCCAACUUCAUCUGAAUCUCCAACUACAACAACAGUUAUAACUUCAGAAACAACAACACUUGCUUCAACAACAACACUUGCUUCGACAACAAUGCCUACAACUUCAGAAACUUCAACUGCACCUCCUACGACCACAACUACCGCUGAACCCACAACAUCUCCUGACCUCACAACAACUCAAGCUCCCACAACCACAGUUGUCAGUACAGAAACAACACUUCUUACUUCAACAUUGCUGCCUACAACUUCGGAAAGUACAACAGCAGAAACUACCACUACAGCUUCAACAACCACAACUUCAUCUCCCACUACUACAACAUCAGCAGCUCCAACUUCAUCUGAAUCUCCAACUACAACAAUAGUUAUAACUUCAGAAACAACAACACUUGCUUCAACAACAACACUUGCUUCGACAACAAUGCCUACAAUUUCAGAAACUUCAACUGCACCUCCUUCGACCACAACUACAACUGAACCCACAACAUCUCCUGAUCUCACAACAACUCAAGCUCACACAACCACAGUUGUCAGUACAGAAACAACACUUCUUACUUCAACAGUGCUGCCUACAACUUCGGAAAGUACAACAGCAGAAGCUACAGCUACAGCUUUAACAACUACAACAUCAUCUCCCACUACUACAACAUCAGCAGCUCCAACUUCAUCUGAAUCUAAAACUGCAACAACAACUGUAACUUCAGAAACCACAACACUUGCUUCGACAACAACACUUGCUUCGACAACAAUGCCUACAACUUCAGAAACUUCAACUGCACCGCCUACGACCACAACUACCGCUGAACCCACAACAUCUCCUGACCUCACAACAACUCAAGCUCCCACAACCACAGUUGUCAGUACAGAAACAACACUUCUUACUUCAACAGUGCUGCCUACAACUUCCGAAAGUACAACAGCAGAAACUACAGCUACAGCUUUAACAACUACAACAUCAUCUCCUACUACUACAACAUCAGCAGCUCCAACUUCAUCUGAAUCUAAAACUGCAACAACAACUGUAUCUUCAGAAACCACAACAGUUGCUUCGACAACAACACUUGCUUCGACAACAAUUUCUACAUCUUCAGAAACUUCAACUACAUCUCCUUCGACCACAACUACAGCUGAACCCACAACAUCUCCUGACCUCACAACAACUCAAGCUCCCACAACCACAGUUGUCAGUACAGAAACAACACUUCUUACUUCAACAGUGCUGCCUACAACUUCGGAAAGUACAACAGCAGAAACUACCACUACAGCUUCAACAACCACAACUUCAUCUCCCACUACUACAACAUCAGCAGCUCCAACUUCAUCUGAAUCUCCAACUGCAACAACAGUUAUAACUUCAGAAACAACAACACUUGCUUCAACAACAGCACUUGCUUCGACAACAAUGCCUACAACUUCAGAAACUUCAACUGCACCUCCUUUGACCACAACUACAGCUGAACCCACAACAUCUCCUGACCUCACAACAACUCAAGCUCCCACAACCACAGUUGUCAGUACAGAAACAACACUUCUUACUUCAACAGUGCUGAAUACAACUUCGGAAAGUACAACAGCAGAAACUACCACUACAGCCUCAACAACCACAACUUCAUCUCCCACUACUACAACAUCAGCAGCUCCAACUUCAUCUGAAUCUCCAACUGCAACAACAGUUAUAACUUCAGAAACAACAGCACUUGCUUCAACAACAACACUUGCUUCGACAACAAUUUCUACAUCUUCAGAAACUUCAACUGCACCUCCUAUGACCACAACUACUGCUGAACCCACAACAUCUCCUGACCUCACAACAACUCAAGCUCCCACAACCACAGUUGUCAGUACAGAAACAACACUUCUUACUUCAACAGUGCUGCCUACAACUUCGGAAAGUACAACAGCAGAAACUACCACUACAGCUUCAACAACCACAACUUCAUCUCCCACUACUACAACAUCAGCAGCUCCAACUUCAUCUGAAUCUCCAACUACAACAACAGUUAUAACUUCAGAAACAACAACACUUGCUUCAACAACAACACUUGCUUCGACAACAAUGCCUACAACUUCAGAAACUUCAACUGCACCUCCUACGACCACAACUACCGCUGAACCCACAACAUCUCCUGACCUCACAACAACUCAAGCUCCCACAACCACAGUUGUCAGUACAGAAACAACACUUCUUACUUCAACAGUGCUGCCUACAACUUCGGAAAGUACAACAGCAGAAACUACCACUACAGCUUCAACAACCACAACUUCAUCUCCCACUACUACAACAUCAGCAGCUCCAACUUCAUCUGAAUCUCCAACUACAACAACAGUUAUAACUUCAGAAACAACAACACUUGCUUCAACAACAACACUUGCUUCGACAACAAUGCCUACAACUUCAGAAACUUCAACUGCACCUCCUACGACCACAACUACCGCUGAACCCACAACAUCUCCUGACCUCACAACAACUCAAGCUCCCACAACCACAGUUGUCAGUACAGAAACAACACUUCUUACUUCAACAGUGCUGCCUACAACUUCGGAAAGUACAACAGCAGAAACUACCACUACAGCUUCAACAACCACAACUUCAUCUCCCACUACUACAACAUCAGCAGCUCCAACUUCAUCUGAAUCUCCAACUACAACAACAGUUAUAACUUCAGAAACAACAACACUUGCUUCGACAACAACACUUGCUUCGACAACAAUUUCUACAUCUUCAGAAACUUCAACUACAUCUCCUUCGACCACAACUACAGCUGAACCCACAACAUCUCCUGACCUCACAACAACUCAAGCUCCCACAACCACAGUUGUCAGUACAGAAACAACACUUCUUACUUCAACAGUGCUGCCUACAACUUCGGAAAGUACAACAGCAGAAACUACCGCUACAGCUUCAACAACCACAACUUCAUCUCCCACUACUACAACAUCAGCAGCUCCUACUUCAUCUGAAUCUCCAACUGCAACAACAGUUAUAACUUCAGAAACAACAACACUUGCUUCAACAACAACACUUGCUUCGACAACAAUGCCUACAUCUUCAGAAACUUCAACUGCACCUCUACGACCACAACUACCGCUGAACCCACAACAUCUCCUGACCUCACAACAACUCAAGCUCCCACAACCACAGUUGUCAGUACAGAAACAACACUUCUUACUUCAACAGUGCUGCCUACAACUUCGGAAAGUACAACAGCAGAAACUACCACUACAGCUUCAACAACCACAACUUCAUCUCCCACUACUACAACAUCAGCAGCUCCAACUUCAUCUGAAUCUCCAACUACAACAACAGUUAUAA